AUGCAGAGGUGUCUACUUCCACCAUUGUUCGUGCUUGCCUUUGCUUCAGUUGCAGGGGGCUGUUGUACAAGCUCCCACGGCUCCACGAGCUCUGCACAUGUCCGAGGUGGGCAUGUUGAGACAAGGCAAGCAGCGGAAGGGUUCCUUCACCGCCGGCCUGUGCCGGAGCCCUCGACCGAAGAAGAUGCAAAGCAACAGGAGGAUGCAGAGUUGCGGGGCUGCAUUUGCCCACCCUCUUUCAACCAGGCAGAGGCAAAGCGCAUGCGACCUCUCGCGCUGGGAGCUUCUCAGGAGUCCUUGUCCCUGCGAAAGACGGUCGCGACGGUUGCACCUCUGCAAGUCCACCGACUCCACCGGGUGGUCACCUGUCCUGAAGACUGCAUGCCAGAUACACCACCAGCCCAAGGGGCCCAACCUACACAUCCCAGACACAUGCAACCCAAUGCCCAAGGCACACCUUUGACCAAUCAACUUCAAGCCGGGGAGAACAACUCCACACCCACACUCUCCACACGCCCUGGUAGCUUUAGCAGCGCUGGCAGCCUCAAGAAAGCACUUGUCGCCUGGCUGCUGGAAGCCCCGGGGGCACCACGAACUUCGGCGUCAAAUCUUCUUACCUUGCUGGCAUUCCCUCUUAAAGAGGCGGCUGGCAGCAGUGGUGCUGAUGGUUUUGACGAAUUUGAUCCGCCGCAUGCGGGAAGGAGGCUAGCCGGCGGCUGUCCCGCAAGCAGCCUGAUGACAGCGAUGUCCACAGCAGACACCUGCGAAAUCACUGCGGUCCAGCGGGACGACCGUGGUAGCCAAGCGGGGAUGGACACCGGCUUGCUGGAGUUCCUAACCAUCGGCGAGUGCUCCUACGUGGCCUUCCUGAUCUACGGUGCUCUUGUCGGUGCGUUGAGCGGAAUGGGUCCUGGCACGCUCGCCAUCAUCGGCCUCGUCCUCCUGUGCUGGCCGAUUGCCGCGUGCAAGGUUUGCUGUCGAUGUUGCCGCAGAUGCUGCUGCUCGUGCUGCCGUGAAGGAAAGGAGAUCAGAAAGAUAGGAAAUGUCAAAAAGGUUGUGAUCAUUCUGCUCUCUUUGGCCGGUCUGGGUGGGAUGGCAGCCCUGCCCAUGGCAGGCCUCAUGGGCGAUGUGAAAGCCGGCCCGGCUGUGGCACAAAGUGCGGACUGUGCAUCCAGGGAGUUUGUGCGGCUGGCGAUGGGAGAUGUCGCGGCCAUCGGCGAUGUGGGGUCGAUUUCCACAGGCGGCGGCACCUCGGGCGAUGCCAACCCAGAUCCUGGAGCGAACACUUCGCGCCUUUUGCAGGGUUCUGCAUCGUUCGUGGGCAUAGCCAUCGCCCAGCAAGAAGUGCAGACGCUGUCUGGAGAUGUGGAUGCAUUGGCAACAGCUGCUUCGCAGGCCGCGGGGCAAGAUGGCGGGGCAGCAGCUCACGUCGCGGAGUCCUUGGCCAUCUUGAGGCUUAUGCGAACUUCGCUCCAGGGCCAGAUUUCCGUGGCAGGAAGCACGUGCAAUUUUUGCGAGCUUUGCUGUGGGACGCAGGCAGGGGCUUCCGUGCCGCAGCUGGUGUCGCAGUUGGAGGGCACUCCCAGCUUGGUGACGACUCUCAGUGGAGAUUUCCAGGAACAGCCUGCUUCUCGUAUCUCUGCCCUCAAGGACGCUGUUGGUUCUGCGAGUGCUGCGCUGUCCUUGCUUCAGCAGUCCAUUCAGGCAGGCCCAGCUGCGGCCCUUAUCCUGGGCUCGGACCUGUUUGUGGACCCGAUGCAAGAGAUGGCGGUCAUGGGCUUCGAGUUCGGCGCGGUGCCGAUCGCCGGGGUCUGCCCGCUCUUGCUCGCAUCCAGGUCGAUGUAUGUCCCAAUGCGCGAGACGUCUGUUGCCGACUGGAGCAUCAAGGAAGGCUUCUUCUUUUCGCCUGGCAUGUUGGGUGAGGCCCAGGUGCAUGCCCUGCAGGCAGCAGUGGAUUCUGGGCCUCAUGGCACAGAAGCUGUCUCCUCGGGAAGACCCUUUGCUGCGACACCUGGGGUUCACUGGCACGGUUUCCCUCGCCAACACCUCUGGCAGCAGGAUGCCAAGACUUGCAUCCUCGACACCUGCGAGCCGCUGUUGCUACGGCUUCGGGAGAGAGGUAUCCUGCCACAUGGCUAUUGGUUCGACCAGGCCAUUGUCAACUUCUAUUCAGAAGGCGAUGGCAUACCCAUGCACGUGGACAGAUCCAACUUCGAUGACUACAUCGUUGGCUUCAGCUUGGGUGCUCCAGUUGUGAUGGACCUGGAGCCACUGGAUUUGCGGGAAUGUGCGCCCGCGGAGACAGAGGAGGACCAAGGCAGCGGGCUGGAGCGCGGUCCGCGGAGCUGUCAAGUGCUUCUUGAGGAAGGUUCUGUGUACGUCUUCUCCGGCAAAGUACGGUGGAAAUGGAAGCAUGGAAUCCAGCCUGGCACCCACAGGUACCAAGGUCAAGCGCUGCCGCCUGGCAGCCGCACGUCCGUCACUUUCCGACGCCUCCGGAAACCAGGGCUACAGGGCUCCGAUGCCAUCUGGGUGGAGAGUGGAGAAAACAAGCGUGUUGGCCUGGUCUUCCUGUUCUACAGCUUGCACUGGUGCUGCUGCUUACGGCGAUGCAAGAUCGAUCGAAAGGAUCACCCGGCUCCUCAGUGGGCGGCUUGUGGCUGGUGUGGCGGGUGCUUGGGGGCCCUCAUCGCUGCAGUGCUGGGCAUCACUACUUUCGCCUCCGCCGCGCUUGGAAGUGAGUUCUGCAUCAUGAUGGACACGCUCAGCGCCUCCGAUGGUUUGGACCGGUACGGCGUGCUCCUCGGCCUCGCAGGCGACAGCACCCAGGUGGUGAGCGCAAGGAGUGCAUCACUUGCCUGCAUGGGUCCUUCUUCGGAUGUGACCUCGCGGGACCUGUUCCCAUUGUUGGGGUUGUCGGCCCCAGUGCAGGGGAUUUCUGACAUGGCCACUGAUCUCACCUCGGUGCUCACAUUCGACUUCGGUCCAAUCCUGACUCAGUACCAAGCUCUGAACACACAGGCCCAGAGCACAGCUUCUAGCUUCACUCCAGCUCCAGCCGAUGCGAGUGCACAGGUGUAUACGUGCUACACAUGGAUCUCGCUCACCCAGGCACCGACCAGUACCUCCUGCGACUUGCCAACGUUCCAGGCAAACAUGCAGACGCUGGCCCAGCUGGCCCUUCAAUCCGGGCAGGACAUCUCGUCUGCCCUCGGGACCAUCAGGCAGUCCCAAGGUGCAUGGCAAAGCACCCUCUCGGACGUGCAGGCGCUGGCCUCGCACACGAGCCUCAGUGCGCUGCAGACGGGCCUGGACUGUACCGAGGUCUUCGAUGCCUGGCAAGUUGCUACUGAUCAG